AUGCAACGCCAUCUCUUUCCUACCAAUUCUUGGUUCAUCAUAUUCCUAAUAAUAAUCUUUGUCCAUGCUCCAUCAUCUGCCUCUGCGGAUGAUGAUGAGCGAUAUCUGAGCUGCAUGAAGUCAUUUGAUUGCGGAAAUAUUAAGGGUGUUGGUUAUCCUUUAUCGGGAUCCGAUAGGCCUGAUUACUGUGGCUAUCCUGGGUUUGAGCUCGGUUGCAGCAACCAAGAUCCGGAGAUCACAAUCAUGCAAUUGAGUUACAAACUCCUUGGCAUCAAUAACCAGUCGCGGACUCUCAAUGUUUCUAGAACAGAUUACACAGAAAAUCUUUGCCCUACUCUCCUUUCCAACACCUCUUUGAAUCCAAAUCUCUUGAGUUCCACUUCAGAUCAUGCUGAGGUAACACUGUACUAUGGUUGCCCUAGUCCAAGCCCAGCAGGGUUUUCAGCUCAGUUUACUUGCAACAUUAACGACACUGGUAUGAUGGGAUACUUUACAACAGUCAACCUCUCUGUCCUCAGUAUGUCCGCUCCCAGCUUAAUCAGCUACCCGACAGCAUGCAACAAUAGUGUUAAAGUUCCUGCCCAUCUAUCAGCUAUAAUGCCAAAUCUACCCGAUCCAAAUGUAGCACAGUUGCUUGAAGCUAUUAGUCAAGGUUUUGAGUUGGAGUGGAGUGCAAAUGAUUCAUUAUGUGAUACAUGCAAAUCUUCCGGUGGUCAGUGUGGGUACAACCAGACCACUACAUCACAUUUCUCUCCAUCUCUGGAAAUGCAACACCAUCUCUUUCCUACCAUGUCUUGGUUCAUCAUAUUCCUAAUAAAAACCUUUGUCCAUGCUCCAUCAUCUGCCUUUGCCAACGACGAUGAGCGAUAUGUAAACUGCAGCAACUCGUUUGAUUGUGGAGAUAUUAAGGGUGUUGGUUAUCCUUUCUGGGGAUCCAAUAGGCCUGAUUACUGUGGCUAUCCGGAGUUGAAGCUCGACUGCAGUGACCAAGAUCUGGAGAUCACAAUCGAGAAAUUGACUUACAAAGUUCUUGGCAUCGAUAACCAGACACGGACUCUCAGUGUUGCUCGAACAGAUUAUGCAGAAAACAUCUGUCCGACACUCAUUCUCAACACCACUUGGAUACCCAAUCUAUUGAACUACACAUCCGAUGAUCAGAACAUAACAAUCUACUAUGGUUGCCCCACUCAAGGUGCACCAACUUCAACAGCUUUACCGCAGUUUCCCUGCAACAUAAACGCCACUGAGAUGACGGGCUACUUUACAGCGUUUGCCAACUUGUCGGAUCUUGGAAGCUCUGCUUCUAACUUGACCAGUUACCUGGCAUCGUGCAAAGAUAGCAUUAAAGUUCCAGUACGUGAAUCAGCUUUUCAGCAAAUUUUAAGUACUCCAACUGCAGCACAGCUGCUGGGAGGUCUAAAUCAAGGUUUUGGUUUGAAGUGGAAAGCAUCUAAUAACUUCUGUGAUACAUGCCAAUCUUCUGGCGGUAAGUGUGGGUACAACCAGACUACUACAGCAUUUACUUGUUAUUGCAAGGAUCAACCUCAACAAUUUUCUUGCCAACAAUCUCCAACUGACGCUCAAUCCCCAACUAAUGAUCAAUCCUCAAAACCCAAGAUAUGCCCCCCUCCAACUUAUACUGAAGCAGGAUCUUUUUUAAUAGAAAACUGA